AGCUUCUAAUGCUUUGGACUUAGGAUGGUGGCGAGUGCAGACAGCCGUUGCAGAGGGCUGGGCUCCUGAAGCAAACCUCGUCGAAGGACUACUAUUGGACCAACCGUUUCACAAAAGUUUACCUGCGCCCUCGCCACUAUCGAAAAAUUUGGAAGGCAGCUCCGCUCACGAACAAACAGCUGAUGAUUCGGUGCAGCGAUCGAACUUGAAACAAUGCGUUUCAUACACCGACGAUGGAUCAAGCGGACUUAGCAUGGUAGCGGGGAUGGACAAGGAAAACCUUGAGAGCUCUUUUGCAAAAGGGAGUCUUGAAGAGGAGAGACAAACGGCUGAACAUCCACAACUUGAAGUUCAAAGAACAAUACAGGAGCACCGCCGAGCAACUGAGAGCUAUCAACCAUCUGAAGAUGCCAAUUCUCCAGAGAGAAAUGCUCGGUAUCCGAUUGGGGACCUACUUAAGGACUUCACUCUCGCUCUCACUAAGGACAAACGAAGCAGACUUCCCCCGGGCUUCAUGCCCCAAUUAAAGAAUCAGAUGGAAAGAGUUAUUUCUGGGAAGGAAAUGCUUGACGGAUACAGUGAUGUCUUCAUUAGACGUUCAUUCGCUGAAGCAUAUACGACCUUCACCGAGCGAGCGUUUCGCAGACAAAUAGACAAGGAUCGACGUGCAGACGAUCUUAUUCUGAUAUUCUGUUCCCAAGCAACUGAGGCAUUGCAGAGGGACAACGCACCCCGCUUCUCCUCCUUGGAAUUGCUAGUCGAUCGUCAUGUUGCAAUGUUUGUCAAGGUAAUCUGCAGUACCUUGAUAGGCUAUGGAAAUGACAACUUACGAGAGCUCAUGGAACAACUGAUGACCUUGGAGUCGAAAUUGCUUGCAAACGACCAGUUUAGAUUGCUUACAAAUGACCAAGAAAAAUUUGCCGGUUCAGGGAAAGGGGUAGGAGUAUCACGUAUUCCAUCCUCAGCCGAUGCAGACGAAUGAGUACCAACCAGCAGAUCCGCCAUUAUUUUCUGCAACGGAUACGACCGCGCGAACUGGGGAAAACGAAUUGAGCAAAUCAAGCGUGGCGAAAGGGAAAGCCAAUGUAAACAGUGGAGGCCUUUUAGCAUCGCGGAAUCUGGCCGACCUGAGACCAAUAGCAGCUGGUUUGAAAGAGGUGCAAGUUGCUGGGAACAAAUUCCUUUUAACGAUGGAAGGGAAUG